AUGUGGGGCAGCAACUUGCGGAGCAGGCGAGGACGAGGUGUCGUUCGAUGGUUGUGCUUCGCUUUGGCCUUGGGCCUGUUGGGCAGAUGUUUUACAACGAAAUCGCUUGGACUGAAGGGGGCAACGCAAAGGGACAGGGGUUUGAGCAGACGGGCGUCGGCCUUGGAGUAUGCGCAGAGCCUGGCUGGCCCUGGUUCGCGCGAGCUUCUGGAGGAGUUCAAGAAGACCUACCGGCAGAACCCCUACCCAGAGAAACUUAGCCUCUUCUUUCCAGACCAUGACCGGAUUAUUGAAACACUCUACUCGUCCGCACGGAACGGGAACUACACUGAGAUUAUCUUUUUGAGGAAAGUGGACAAGGUCUUUCGGCAGCUGUAUGCCUUCGGGCCUUCUGCUUGGCCUGGCCUUGAGAAGCUACUGUCUUCUGAACAUCCUUGGACAGAAGCCUACUGCAAAAAAAUCAUCGCCGCAGGUGCCGAUGUCUGGAACCCUUUCGAAUUCUUCCAAGUGAGCCUGGAUGGCCUGGCGCCCCUGCAGCGCUACUCGCUUCAGGAGUUGCAGGACCAGUCCAUCACAGGUUACCGCGUAUUGGAGCGAUGGCUCCAGUCCUUGGAGAAGUCGAAAGACCCCACAAUUCUCGACCUACUUCACAAACUCAAGACACAGGACCUCGAGAACCAAGAGGAACAGGCGAUGAAGCUGCGCCCGCUGGAAGAUUUGUUGGAGCAUCAACUGGCGCGCGUGGCCGGGACCAUCCUGAAGGCCUGCAAAGGUGCACCCGAAGCGGUGGUGGCCAUCGUGACGGCGAGGGAUUGGCGUAAGCGCACCGUGCUACACCUCGCGGCUGGUCAAGGGAACACUCUUUUGGCACAGCUUUUCCUAGAAGCUGUUGGCGAAAACGACCGAGCCUUCUUCGCAGCGGCAUUGGACCAAGGAGGAUACACUGCCGAGGACCUAGCACGUCUCGCAGGCUUCGCUCGCACUGCUGACACCAUCCAGUCUCUAGGUGGGCCGACCACAAGCGAGGCACCCAGCGAUGCCACUAUGCUUUUUCCUGGGGCAGGCCCUUCAGAUCCGGAUCUCUCCCAUCCCAACUCAGGCGGUUGGGAUGUGAGCGAGACAGGAGUGCCUGAUGAAUGGUUUGAGGAGACAAUGUGCGAGAUCGAUGCAAUCAACGUUGGGCAAUUCGAUUGGAAUGUGUUUGAGAAGCAUUACUUUGCGCCCCGAAGACCGUUGCUCAUUCGAGGGGGUGUCAGAAUGAGUGCGUCUGACAAGGCCAAGUUCACCCGCGCAGGGUUGAUCAGCAUUGCAGGGGCUCGUAAGGUGCGCGGGUACUCUACGCCGUAUGAGAAUGAUUUCCGGGAGGUGGCUCCCGUCGAGAUGUCUCUGGAAGACUAUGUAGCUUUUCUAGACAGUCGCGUCGACAAUCCGAGCAGCAACUUGAGCUAUGUUUUCGAGCGACUGCCUAAUGAAGAAGGACCUUUGAGCAUGGCCCGUGCACCGCCCAAGCUCUUCAAGGAGCAUAUUGAACUGCGCUCCGCGCAGUUUACGCUGGGCGGCGCCCUCAUGGGGAGUCCUCUACACCACCAUGUGGAUGCAGUGAACUCACUUCUCUUUGGAAAGAAGCUCUGGUUCCUCAAGCCGCCAGCUGAGCAGGAGUUCCGCAAGACAACGGUCUACCAGGAUCUCCUGGCUUAUGGUGGCGUCCCGGGCCUGCGGGUCCUGCAACGAGGUGGUGAUCUGCUUUUCGUGCCGCAGGACUGGGCCCACGGAGCCCUUUGCCUGAGCCAAUGCGUUGGCCUGGCGCACGAGUUCGACGUGAAGCCUCCCUCGCUCGAGACGUUGCCCCUUUCGAAGGAGACGGUGAACGCCUCCCUUGGCGUGGCACUCGCGGGAGUCCUGGCCUUCUCCAUUUUUAUCAUCUCUUGGAUCAUAGAGCGUGUCUGA